AUGGAUCUAGCUGCUAUUAGGGUAGCUACAGAUGACUUUUCAGAUUCAAACAAGCUUGGACAAGGUGGGUUUGGCACUGUUUACAAGGGUUUGCUACAAAAUGGGAAGGAAGUAGCUGUUAAAAGACUGUCAAGAAAAUCAUGGCAAGGCUUGGAGGAGUUUAAAAAUGAGGUCAUACUCAUUGCAAAACUUCAACACAGAAACCUUGUGCGGCUCUUGGCAUGCGGCUUUGAAGGAGAGGAAAAGCUGCUUUUGUAUGAGUUCAUGCCAAAUAAAAGCCUUGAUACUUUUAUCUUCGAUUCGGAAAGACGAGCUGAACUCAAUUGGAAAACAUACUACAACAUUAUUGAAGGUAUUGCCAGAGGACUUCUGUAUCUUCAUGAAGACUCCCGGCUUAGAGUCAUUCAUAGGGAUUUAAAGCCCAGCAAUGUAUUGUUGGACCAUGAAAUGGUUGCCAAAAUAUCAGACUUUGGCUUGGCAAGGAUAUUUUGUGAACGUCAGAACCCCACUAAAACUAGAAGAGUUGUGGGAACAUAUGGAUACAUGGCUCCAGAGUAUGCAAUGGAGGGUCUAUUUUCUGUAAAAUCUGAUGUUUUCAGCUUCGGUGUAAUCUUGCUUGAGAUCAUUAGUGGGAAAAGGAAUAGUGGAUUCUACCUUACGGAACAUGCCAAGACACUCAUUGCAUACGCAUGGCGACUAUGGAAGGCAGGAAAAGAAUUGGAAUUUGUGGAACCUUUGUUGAUGGAAUCUUGCACAAAAACAGAGGUUUUGAGAUGCAUGCAUAUUGCGCUGUUGUGCGUCCAGGAAGACCCUGCAGAAAGACCAACCAUGUCAGCUGUGGUUGUAUUGCUUGGAAGUGAAUCAGUUGAUCUUCCCGAACCAAAGCAGCCAGCAAUAUUUGCUGUACGUAGAGUUCUUCCAGUUAAUGAGUCUAUAACUGAUCCUUCUGCAAAUGGUCUCACUAUGUCCAUAAUGGCGCCAAGGCUGAUAUUUCGUAGAAAAACAACCACCAAGAGACAUUACAAUAAGGGUGUGGGAGCAAAGCAGCCUGUCUCCCAAAGAAAGCCCGAUAGAACAAAAACAGAAAUAGACCACUUCAAAACACAGCCCAAAGGUCAAUCAAAAAACAAAGGGUUUAGGGGUGAUGAUGGUGGUGGUGAUGGCGGUGGCAGUGAUGGUGGGGGAGGUUGUGGUGGAGGAGAUGGGGGUGGUAGUGGUGAUGGCAGUGGGAGUGAGGUAGUGGCGGUGGUGGUGAUGGUGAUGGUGAUGAUGCUGACAGUGGUUGUGGUGGUGGUGACAGUGGGGAUGAUGGUGGGGGUGAUAGUGGGGGUGGUAGUGGUAGUGGUGGUGGGGCUAAGGGUGGUGGUGGAUGUGGUGGUGGUGACAAUGGCAGUGAUGGUGAUGAUGCUAGUGGUGGUGGCGGUGAUCAUAAGGAUGAUAGGGAUUAUGGUGGGGCUAGUAGUAGGGGCGGUAGUGAGUGGUGAUGGUGGUGCGUGGGGAGUUUUGAAUGCACCCAAACUUUUAUGA